AUGCAGACCUCCGCUAUUAUCACUCUUCUCUUCGGCUUCAUGGCCCAGAGCGCCCUGGCCACUGUCAACCUCGGCACGGACUCUGCCGGCACACCCAUUGCCUGGAUUAGCGGCCAGUCUGAGUGUACGCACUCUAUCACCAACGGUUGCGACAACCGUUUCACUCUGGCCAACGGUGUAACCUACUACCUCCAGGGAUGCGGUGGUGCUGGCUUGACCCUGUUUAACAAUGACAACUCUUUCAACGCCAACUGCCAAAGUGUCGGAUCUCAACAGCUUGCUUGUGGUGUCACCGAGAACUGGUCCUGCUAA